CUUCCUUCAAAUCUUUAAAUGUGAAUUAAGUGAACUUGAACUUAGUGAGGGAGAGAGACAGACCUACAAGAGAGGAAGUUCUUCAAUUGAAUUGAUUGUUCAAGCUCUUUUUGAUAAGGAGGCUUGAGAAAAGAAGCAAUGGAUGGUAAAAUGAGUGGGACGGUAGCGGAUGCAGUGAACUACAAGGGUUUCCCUGCUGAUAGGUUGAAAACCGGUGGUUGGGUGCCUGCUGCACUAAUUCUUGGAAUUGAGAUAGUUGAAAGGCUAUCAACAAUGGGAAUAGCAGUCAACUUAGUGACAUAUUUGGGUGACACCAUGCAUCUUCCAAGCUCAAAUUCAGCCAAUGUGGUCACUGAUUUCUUGGGCACAUCUUUCCUUUUGUGUCUGCUUGGUGGCUUUUUGGCUGACACUUUUCUUGGCAGAUUCAGAACCAUUGUCAUCUUCUCUUUUAUUCAAACACUAGGUACUGGCACGCUAGCACUAUCGACCAAAUUGCCAGGGCUUAGGCCGCCACCGUGCCACUCCAAUGAAGACUGCAAAGAAGCAAAUGGACUGCAAAUGGGAAUUCUUUACCUUGCUUUGUAUCUCAUUGCACUUGGGACAGGUGGGCUGAAAUCAAGUGUCUCAGGGUUUGGGACCGACCAGUUUGAUGAAAACGACGAAGCUGAAAAGACACAGAUGGCCUAUUUCUUUAAUAGGUUCUUCUUUUUCAUCAGUCUGGGUACACUGACGGCAGUUACAGUGCUUGUGUAUAUACAAGAUGAAAUUGGUAGAAGUAUAGCAUAUGGAAUUUGUACGAUCUCAAUGUUCAUCGCUAUCUUAGUCAUCUUGUCUGGGACUAAACGAUACCGUUACAAGAAGAGUGCAGGAAGCCCUAUUGUCAACAUUUUUCAAGUACUUGUUGUUGCUGUAAAAAAGAGGAAGAUGGAUCUUCCUUAUGACUAUGGCAUGUUGCACGAAACAUCUUCUGACAGUUCAAGAAUCCGUCAUACAGAUCAGUUUCGCUGCUUGGACAAGGCUGCGAUCGUAGCAGAAGGAGAUUUUGUCAAAUAUGGUUCGGGUUCUGCCCCAAACCCAUGGAAGCUAUGCACGGUGACAAGGGUUGAAGAAGUGAAAAUGAUGAUCAGGUUGUUACCCGUAUGGGCCACAACUAUACUAUUCUGGACGGCAUACGCUCAGAUGAUCACUUUUUCUGUACAGCAAGCGUCUACCAUGGAACGAUCCGUUGGAGGGUUCAAAAUCCCUGCAGGAUCCCUCACUGUCUUUUUUGUGCUUGCCAUAUUACUUACUUGCGCCGUUUAUGACACUUUGAUCAUCCCAUUUUGGAAGAAAUGGAAAGGAACACCAGGUUUCACCGACCUACAAAGAAUGGCAUUAGGCUUGAUCCUUUCAACAUUCGGAAUGGGAGCAGCCGCACUGGUUGAAAUGAAGCGGUUAUCAGUGGGCAAAUCCGUAGGUGAAGUACCCUCGGGAAGUACCUUACCUAUAAGCGUUUUCUUGCUCAUCCCACAGUUCUUCUUGGUGGGUUCCGGUGAGGCAUUUAUAUAUACUGGCCAGCUAGAUUUCUUCAUCACAAGGUCGCCAAAAAGCAUGAAAACAAUGAGCACUGGGCUAUUUUUGACAACACUUGCACUCGGGUUUUUUAUGAGCAGCUUUCUGGUGUCGGUAGUGAAGAAGGUAACUGGAAGCCAUGGUGGAGAAGGUUGGCUUGCCGAUGACAUAGAUCACGGACGACUAGACCUCUUCUAUGCCCUGUUGGCAAUUUUGGGUGUGAUAAACUUUGUAGUUUAUCUGAUUGUUGCAGCUUGGAACAAGAAAGAUGAUAAGGCGACGGAAAUGGUAGAAGUGGUUUGAUUAGUAAUCCUUAAAUUAGAUUGUGUGUUUUCUUGUUUAUAUUCUCGUCGCGUCCCCUGUAAUGUUUAAAGAAAGCCGUAUGGAGUUUGCUUUAGUGAA